CGUUUUUAACGGCGAGGGAAGGAAACGUGGACUCCGGCGCCUCUAAUACGAGGAUAAGGCUGAGGCGGCCCAAUUUAGCCAUGUUCGUGCUGGUCCUGUGGUGGAUCCUGUGGAGGCGCAGGCUGAGGAGACAAGAGCAAGCGAGACGCCGGCGGCACCGCGUCUGGAUGCAGAGGAUCAGGAGGCACAGGGACAACCGGCAGCGCUUUGCCGUAUUUUGUACUGAACUGCGGAGUGAUGCAGACAAAUUCUACAACUACUGUCAUAUGUCAAUUUCCGCAUUUGAUGAACUGCUCAGCCGUCUGCGGACUUCACUGAUUCUUCAAAAUACUGUAAAUGGGGAAUACAUUGGUGCUGAAGGAAGGCUCAUCAUCACCCUGCGAUUCCUGGCAACAGGCGAGAAGUUUGUAUCCAUGCAUCUUCAGUUCCAUUUUCGUAUAUCUACAAUCGCCAGCAUAGUGAAGACCACUUGUAAGGUCAUCUGGAGGGAUUUGCAGCCUGUAGUCAUGCCUACUCCCACCCAGGAGACCUGGUUAGAGGUGGCAGCUGGGUUUGAGACGGAAACCAGCUUUCCCAACUGCAUAGGGGCUGUUGAUGCUCAACACGUAAGAGUGCUGCAGCCCUUGGACUCUAGAUCAAGGUACUUGGGUCACAAAAAGUACUUUUCUGUGCUUGUGUUGGCGGUGGCGGACACAAAGUGUAAGUUUGUUGCCAUUGAUGUCGGUUCUUAUGACCGUACCGGGGACUGCAGAGUGCUGGAUGCAUCACAAAUACAGCAGCGAAUCCUCCAGGAUCAAACCUCGCUCCCACCUCCACGACCAUUUCCUGGAACAACCGAUCCUGUUCCUUUGGUUAUGGUUUCAGACUAUGUGUUUGCCGUGACGCCUCCCCUUCUCUGUCCGUACCCAUGGCGCAGGCUGGAUAAUCGAAGGAGGAUGUUUAACUGCAGGCUGAGCCGUGCGUGUCAAUUUGCCGAGUCCACUUUUGGCAUUAUGGCUUGUAGAUGGCAAGUCAUCUGCUCCACUAUGCAACUGGAUAUGUCCACGGCAGAGUCCGUCAUUAGAGCGUGCUGUGUCCUUCACAAUUACGUGUGCGACUAUGAUGGCGAGGAAGCAGACCUAACCAUCCAGAUGCCCUAUAUUGGCGUUAGUAUUGGUUGGAGCUACAACAGGCCGCUUGGCAACAGACUGCGCAUAAGGGACAGCUUUGCUGACUAUUUUGUCAGUCCUGAGGGCGCGGUCACCUGGCAGUUUUCCUGUCUUGACGAUAGUCCCGCUGAUCUGCACUAAUAUGUCUCCUCAUUCAAUGUUAAAUUCCUUUGUUUGUUCGUUCGCUCAUUCACAGAUUUUUAUUUUUUCAGUUGAACGAAAACUGAUAUAUAUUUAACUUAUGUUUGAA